AGAGGUUCAAGCAUUAAUCUCAAUGUCCACCAUUCUAAAGUUGUCAGCUCAGGUCUAACUCUGUAAGUUGCAAGUCUAAGGGCUGGCAGCUGUCGAUUAAGUGAUCUAAGCUAUAGUUACCUUAUUCUGAAGUUGGGUCUAAGAUGAAGCCUUAUAAACGUGGGUUUAAGGAAUUAAAUCCCAAGCUGAAGCUUUUAAAUCGUGGGCUCAGAGCUGGGACUUUUUGUUUUGCAUAUUUGAAAUAAUAUGGAAAAUGAACAGCCUUUAGUGAUUAGACUAUUUGAGAUAAGUGAGGUUAAGAUUACUAUAAAGUCAUUAUAAAUUAGAUCGUUGUGCAGGAUUUAAGUUCUUUGUUGAAUACAGACAAAACCUUAGGAAGGAUCUAUUCCCUGAAACUGCAGGGUUGGGAGGUUCUCAGGGAGAGAUGUGGUAUGAAGUACGAUCCAAAGUCCAGCAGGACAUGCUGAGACCCAAGUCCGCCCUGUUCUAUAUUGAUGAGAUUACCGGAGUUUCUGAUGACCUAUUGGAUCUAAUGGUGGGAGGGGGUACUGGUGACAAGAAGAUAGUUCCUGAUGUUUCUCCAUUCCUGUACAGAUGGUCACUGGAAGCAGUUUGUUACGAAAUGAUUCGUUGUUCAAUGAUUUCUUUGGGCCCAGUGGUUUUGAAGCUGAUGUUUGGUCUCCCAUUAUGGAAGCUAUACAGAACAAAAAACUUGGAUGAUUUUGAUAUGGCAUCUGAAAGAAUGCACAUAAUUUCAUCCAGGUACAUUUCUGAUGCCAAAAAGAAGUUUAAGACCAACAAUAUCACAGACCCAGAUAAGAUGAGUGUUCUCCAGAAAUUAAUUCACAAGUGCGGACCAGACUCCAAGAUCCCAGAGGUUAUGGCAAUAGAUGCAUUAGGUGCUGGUAUUGAUACUACCGGAAACACUGCUGCGUUCCUAUUUUACCAUCUAGCCUCCAACCCUGUACAGCAGGAGAUAUUGUACAAGGAGAUCAAGGAUAAGCUUGGAGAUGAGAAACUUACCCCAGCCAUUCUUAACCAGAUGAAAUACUUAAAGGCAGUUCAACAUGAAAGCCAAAGAUUGAUGCCUGCAGUGGGUGCUUUCAGUAGAAUCACUCAGAAGGAAAUGGUGCUUAGUGGUUACCAAAUACCAACUGGAACACAUGUAUCCUUUAUGUCAAUGGGUCCAAUGCUAUCAGAGAAACAUUUUACAAAUGCUGAUGCCUUUGUUCCAGAGCGCUGGCUUAGAGAUUGCCCCCAGAAGCAUAAUGCACAUCCUUUCGCUUUUAUACCUUUCUCGCAUGGAGCACGGAUGUGCAUAGGAAGACGAUUUGCAGAACUUGAAAUUCAAAUCUUGGCAAUUCAAACUCUCAGGAAAUACCAGCUUGUGUACAAGGGAGAAUCUCCAGUUGAAAUGUUAACUGAAUUCCUGAAUAAACCAGACAAGGCAAUUCCUAUCAGGUUUAUCCCUAGAUAGUCAAGAUUCAAGCGAGAUAGAUAAAAACAGCUGUUAUUUAAUUUCCGCUUCUUUAUCGGAUGCUUUAUACAUUGUACUAAUAGCCGACUUAAUUUAAAAUUGUUCAUACCAAGUAUCUUGUUUCUUAAGUGCUUAGGUUGAACAAAGAUACAUAUUUUUACGAAGAAUUAUGUGUAUCUUUUAACAAAUCAAUUUUUAAAGUAUUAUAAUAUUUCGUUCAAACGUAGUUUUUUCUUCACUAAAAAAUGUUAUAGUUUUAAAGUUUAAUUCAAACCUAAAAACACAUGUAUUUUCUUUAAUUUCAAACCAAGUUAUUUGUUUCAGUGUUAAGGUUUAAACUUAAGUAUUUUCCCCAAUAAUUGUGUAUUUAUUUCAUUCCCCAGCUAGGUGUUGAGAUUUGAACAAACGUGUUUUUACCAAUAAAUAAGUAUAUUUAACACCAAGGAAUUUGUGAAGUGUUCAGGUUCUAAAAAUAUUAAUACUUUUCCCAAUAAAUACGUAUAUUUCAUAACAGUGAUUUUUUAAGUGUCUUGAUUUUUAAAAUGCAUAUUUUUACCUAUAAAUGUGUUAAUAUCAUACAAAGGAAUUUACCUUCGAAUAUGUAAAUUUCAUACCAAAGUAAUUGAUUAAAAAAGGUUUUAAACAAGUAUUUUUCUCAAUAAAUAUGUUUAUUUCAUUCCCAGGUGUUUAGAUUUAAACAAACGUAGUUUUACCUAUAAAUAAGUAUAUUUCAUACCAAGGAAUUUUUUAAGUGUUCAGGUUUUAAAGAUAUAAAUUAUAUUUUUCCCAAUAAAUACGCAUAAAUCAUACCAUACAUACAAUACUAUAAAAAAACCCCAGGGCCCCUUCGGCCAUCCAUGAGUGUCCACAAAAAAAUUUCAGCCCAAUCGGUCCAGCCGUUUGGCAGCUAUAUGCAAAAUAUAUAUUUACGAAUGUCUUGUAUUAUUAUACAAUAUAUUUUUCCCAAUAAAUACAGUCUAUUUCA